AUGCAUCUUGCUCCUUUCCUCCAGCCUGGUCCUGUCCCUGGGAUCAGCGCCGUCCCUCACGAAGAUAACCUCCGCUACUUUGACGUCGAGAUCCAUGGACCCGCCCAGUCGCCGUACGAAGGUUGGCCUCCUCGCCACGGCGGCAUCUUCAAGCUCGAGCUCUUCCUCCCCGACGACUAUCCCAUGACGCCGCCCAAGAUCCGCUUCCUGACAAAGAUCUUCCACCCCAACGUGGACAAGCUGGGCCGCAUCUGCCUCGACGUCCUGAAGAGUGCGUCUCGCCACAACUGGUCCCCCGCGCUGCAAAUCCGGACCAUCCUCCUCUCCAUCCAGGCCCUGCUCGGCGCCCCCAACCCCGACGACCCCCUCGCCGCCGACGUCGCCAAGAGCUGGAAAGAGGAUGAGCAGGCGGCCAUCGCCACGGCCAAGGAGUGGACCAAGCAGUACGCGCAGCCAUAG